AGUGACGAAACAAGCGGCGGAAGUGGGGAAAGCGUGCGCCAUUUUCUAUUUUUGCGUAGCAUUAAACUAGCGUUGUAUAUGUACAUUUUAUGUGAUAAAAUUACGCGAUUAGUGAUAAUUCAAAGUCGCUGACAGUGGUCAAUGAGAAAUGAUAAUCGGCAACGCGUAACCUAGUGAUUUAGCGCCGAAGCGCACGGACCCGUCUACAGUCCGCGUUGCCGCGCGUGAAAACACCGUUUUUUCUUUUCUCUUCGUUCACUCACUUUCUCUCUCUCUGUCUAUCGCUUAAAUGCGUACACAUACGUGUUGACGAACAUGCAUAUACACCUGAGUAUUCGCACAUAAACAUCGUCCUUUUUUGUUGUCCCCAUCGCAAAAUUCUUAUCUAGUGGUGUGUUCAGUGGCGUGCGUUGACGGUCAUAAUUUCGAUCCGUGUGUUUCCAAAGUAAAACGCGCGCGCGUUUUUCGCACGUCGAUAGACGACGAUUUGCUUGGAUUGAGAAAAGGAAAAAAUCAUUGUUUUGUAACGUCGCGGAAGAAGACGUGUAGGAAGACAGAAAGAAACAAAGAGGGAGGGGAAAGGAUUUGUUUGACCUGAAGGAACUUUGUGAAAUUUUUUCGUAUAUGUAAAGUGUACAUGUUCGUGUCGAAUAUUCGUUGCCUUCCGCGAGUUCCGCCCCAAUUUCGGGAACGCGAGUGAGAGACUAUAUCGAAACGAAAAAAGAAAAAACAGCGAGAGAGAAAGAGUGCGUAUAUGAAGAUCUAAUUCAGAGGGAUAAAGAAAAGAAAUAAAACAUAUAUACAUAUAUGUAUAUAUAAAAAUCUGUGAUACUAAACGGUAAUAAGGUAUAUAGCUAGGUGUUAAAACUCCCUAAAGAUAAGGACACAAGUAAACGUAAAUGUGCGCACGAUAGUGGCCUACGAGGCACGGUAUUUGCAUUAAAAAUAAAGAUUUUUUAAAAAAUUUGUCUCCGACAUUAUAUGAAAAAAGUUUUAUCGCUGAUUAAACAAGUGAACCCUAAAAAAGGAAGCGCAUACAAUAAACACUAGUUCAAGCGAUUUUUGACCAGCGAAUCUUCAUUCUCGUCGAAAUACCAACUUCUUCCGUGGGGAAGGAUGUCUUCGGAAUCUGUGUCGAGUGACAGGCCUCAGCCGGAUCCUAAAGAGGAAGGAGAUGAAGCGAUUAUAUCCAUGUCGGUGGGCGGAGAGGUGACCGACUCUUCGAUCAUGGAAGUCGGACGAUCGCGGCCCCAGUUCCAAUAUUCACGGAAAGUUCUGUUGGACAUAAAAGUACUACCGUUGGCCAAACGAAGACCGGAUUAUUUGGACGUAGCGUACAACAAUUCUCGCGGUGUUUGGGAUCCUGAACGUUGGCACUUGAAUAAAAAACGCAGCGAUACGCCUGUCGAAGAAGAACAACAGCGGAAUAACGCUCGUAAUGAUCAAGCUCCUGAACCACCUGGGAACAACAAACGUCGUAGUGGCGACCCUCGAGAACGGAUACGAAAAGAACAGGACGGUAUAGUGCUGAGUCCGCAGAGACGAAGCUUCAAUUCGGGAUGCUUUGUCAACAUUAGCCAGCCGGCUCGGCGCCCGGAAAGUCCCAUCGGGAAAGCGGAGGUGAGUCAUCGCGAACCGGUGCGCCGCAUCGGCAGCGGACGUCUUCUGAAUCGUGACAUGUGGGACGACGGAUGGGACACGAAGAACAUGUUCUUGAAGGCGGAAAAACUGGAGCCCGAUCGUUCAGAAUUUGCAUUUCGUACGAGUACUGCCGCUGCGACGCGUGAACGCGAUUCUCGGGAAUCCCGGGAUUCUCGGGAUUCUCGGGAUUCUCGUGACGUCGGUCGUGAUCGAGAGCCGAUGCGUGAUCGUGACAACGUGAGAGAUCGAGACGAUCGUUCGGAUCGUUACGAGAGACGUUCUUUCGGUCGCGAUUUCGGUGAUCGGGAACAAGUUCGCGAUCGCGGUGGUGGUAACGAGAGGAACGAGCGUGGACAUCAGAUGGAUCGUUGCAGAGACCGUAGAUACAAUAACGAUCGUCGAAGAAAUUACGGCGAGCCUGAGGAACCCGAAUGGUUCAGCGGUGGACCAACAUCUCAACACGAUACGAUCGAACUUCGCGGAUUCGACGAACCUGAAGAAAAGAACACUUCCAAGACCAAGAAACAAUCUCCGGCUCAGAAGAAACGCGGUAAAAAAGCAGUCAGCGAAAAGGACGAAAAAGGACAGGGCACCGAUGGCUCGGCCGUGCCAAAAGGUCGUAGUACUCCGACUGCAAUGGAUCAACCCAUGAACGCCGUCCAUGCUCCUCAUUCUCCUAUAUCUGAGCAAGAUGAAGAACAAACGGAAAACGGAAAAGAACGUUCUGAUACAAGUGAAAGCGCUCCUACCGAACCUAGCGAAACUAACGAGAGAUGUGACACUGCCAAAAGUCGAGACGACAAUCAACCUGAUUUCAAUCUCGAUGAUUUUCUUAAAUCUGACGUAUUCCCGGGUGUUCCAGGCUUGCUUACCAACGGAGUCGGUGCAGAAGUCGGUUCGGGUUCGCGUUUCAGUCAAUGGUUCAAGCGAGAGAGUCCCGCCCAACAGCUUGACAGUCGAAGAGCUUCUAUACAAGACGAGUUGCUUAAUAACUUGCUCAAUGAUAUCACUGAGCCAAACAUACAAAUACCAUCCGUUACCGAAUCGAACGCUUACUUUGCACCAAUAUCACCGGCAAACACGACUUCGAACACCGAUAAUCCAACUACGGGAGUGAAGCUCCUCGAAAUGCUACAACGUGGCAACAAACCGAACCAAAAUGGUCAGGGUGAUGCUACAAGUACCGUUGUCCCGAUGAUGCAGAAGUCAACCAUCAAAGAUAUGGAAGUCGGAGGAAAAGUAAUUCACAGUUUGGAAGAAUUGGAGGCUCGAAUGAGAGGUGGUGCUCCAGCCGCGCCUCCUAAUGAACCACCGAGAGUAAACAAGACUGAGGAAGAUUUGUCGGCUUUCAAGAAAUUGCUCGCGCAAGUUACUGGCGGACAGGCUGUGCAAGCUGCAAACGGUCCUAUAUCACAGAAACCACCACCGAUGACACUGAUACAGUUGCUCAAUAACCAGCUAAAGGCUCAACAGGCUCCCGUGCCCGAACCUAUGCAUCAACCGAGUUUCAAUCACGUUGGUCCCCUUGGUCCUGCCCAACAUCCCCAUCAGGCACAAAUGCAGCAUGAAAACCUUAUGAAAGUUUUGCGAAUUCAACAGCAACAACAGCAACAGCAGCAACAGCAACAGAAGCAACGACAACAACAGUCAGACAUGCUAUCGAUGAUGAUGAGUGGACAACAGCGAAUGGUUGGCAUUAGUCCUGUUCCUCAAGACAUGCAAAUGCUUGUUAACAACACCCCGUCGAAUCGCGAAUUGCUUCAACGACCAGAAGCUCAAGCAAUCAUUCAGGGCCUCCAGCAGGGAGAAAUUACCCGACAACAUCUUAUACAACAGCUACAGAAUCAAGCCCUUCACCAUCGUCAUCGAGAAGUUCUAAUAAAUAUUUUGAAAAUGUGCGGUGGUACGACACCUCGUACCGUUAGUCCUCAUGCCGAUCCAAUACUCCAGCAAAUACUCUACCAGCAGCAACAGCAACAGCAACAAAGAAUACCAUCACCCAUGAAUAACGCUUUCUGUCCACCCUCGAUAAUCACUCCAAAUUUAGCGACUAGUCCGAAUACUUUGUCGGUUCAGCAUCCAGUUAUACCGCACAGAGUUCCGUCACCACGUGGUCUGGUAAUGAAUACACAGACGAUAAUGCAGAACGCCCUUAUAAAGAAGAAAUUGGAGGAACAACGUGAGAAUUAUCGUAAACGGCAGGAACAGCAGCAGCAGCCAAAACAGCCGCAAAUGCCGUCACAGCCGCAUCAUCAAAUGACGAGCCCGGUGAAUUCGCCAUCGAAGCAAACGUUGAGUCCGACACCACUCGCAUUUACGCCGACUUCGGUAUUGCGAAAAAUGACUGCCGAGAAGGAGCUCGAUGGAAGUAACGAGCCCGCCAAAUUGGCAGCUCAAACUCAACAAGCUGUCGAAAUACAGCAAAUGCAAUCGGCAGUUCAGCUUCUCGCUCAAGGUGUUCUAUCUCGACAAAAAUCGUCAAUGGGGCUUCAACCGAGUCAGUCGCAGGCUCAGGUCCAAGCUCAGGCCCCGUGGGCCAGUCCACCCGUUAAACAACAUCCUGGUCGACCAAUCGUGAAGGGAGGUAACGGUAAUCAGUUCCAAUACGGUGGGCCCGUGAAUUUUCCACAACAACCACCGCCCCAGCAGCAACCACAACAGCCGCAACUUCCACAACGUCCGUCGCCCGGAAUUUAUGGCAAUCCUGCUCGUUCCAAACACACGAUGGCGACGCCGAUGUCACACCCGAACGUUCCACCGUACAGCGUUGCCUCGAAUUCCGUCAUGAACCAAAGACCGAAUGCGAUGAAUAAUCAGAUGAAAGCUCAACAGGUACAAUCGCAUCUCGCGAGUAUGCAGCAUCAACAAAGAAAUUCACAAGUUCAGCUGGUUAUGAAUCAGAAUAACGCGGUCCGAACGGAUGGACGUACUAUGCGAUCUCAGCAGAUAAACAUGGGCGUAGGUAGGCAAGGAUCACCAGGAAGUAACGGUGGAAGCUUAUCACCCACGUCGAAUCAAUUGGCUCGAUGGUUCAGUCCGGAAUUAUUAGCAAAAGCGCGAGCUGGUAAACUUCCGGAGCUUGGACAAACGAACGUUCUUUCGCUCGAGGAACUCGAACGUUUGCAAUACGCCUCGACAACGGUCCACAAUUAGCUCGUACCUUCGACUUAUUAAAUUUUCGUUCCUACGAGAAUCGUUAAAUACGCGACACCUUAACCGAAUGAGGAUUGUUCUCUCGCAUACGGAAGUUCAAAAAUACUAGUUUCAUGAUCGGCACCGUACGGAUGUUACGUUUCACUGAAAUGUAUCAACUUGCAGUUCCGUCGACGCGAUAAACCGUGACGGGGACGUUUUCUCCGACCCUGCGAGACAUCGUGUUGAUAGAAUAAACAAACAAUUAGCCAUGAAAUUAUUACCGGGAUAAGAGAGAUAAAGAGCGAAGAGUGUCACGACAACGCGCUGCUUCGUCAAGAAUGAGCGGACGAUAAUGUAGUUAAAAACUUUUUGGAUAAAUUAAACAUUAAACAACAACAACAGAACGAUCCAUUUUCUAACGGCGGUUGGUUCACCAAGCUGGAAGCUCGUGAUUCUCAAUUGAAUUUCGUUUGCGUUAUCGGGAAACACCUCUGCGACACAUCGUCGUUUUUGAGAACUAUUAAAACUGAAGAAACUUGACGAGAGCAUGAAAAAGUAAGAGUUAAUGUUUUGCUACAACGUGAAUAAAAGAGGAAAAAACAACAACAAAAAGAAACAAGAAUUAAACAACACAGACACACACAAACAUGAAGAAACGCAUAGACAUUAUAAAAUAGAGCAAAUAAAUCGCGUUACGAUCACGAUUCGUGAGAGCCAUGAAGCAAAUUGCUGCUACUUCUACUACUACUAUUACUACUAAUAAUAAUAAUGAUAAUAAUAAAAUACCUACUCGCCGUCGCGAACCGGCCGUACGGAUCGAUUAAAAAUUGAAGAAAAAAAAUACAUAGAAAAAACGAAAGCAACAAAAACAAGAAAAAUAAUCGGAAAAGAUCGAGUUCGCUACGAAAUAUGAAUACAUAUAUAAUAUACACUUUUUAGAAGUAUCCGAGGGUACAGUGUCGUCAACGUGAUAAAUAUUUCGAAGGUGGAGAAUAAAAAACGUGUUACUCAAGGCAAAUUUCACACGAGCAGAAUUCACAAUGUUGAAUAAUGAAAACGAGCACGAUUUUUGCAAAGGUCGGAAAGUGCUGGCGAGAAAGAAACGAGAAGUAAGAAGAAAAAUAUGGAAACGAAAAAAUAUUAGACACGCGAAUGUAGUGAAGGAAAAAAAACAUUCCAUCAGCCUGUUACGAAAAGCAUGCUGAGCGGAAGAUAAAAAACAUACACAUCCCACACCCACACACGCAUACACAAAAGUUAGUGUCGCGAAAACUCGACGCGGAGUCAACACGUGCAUCAAUUCUGAUGCCGAUUCAUAGUUUAUUAUUUAUUUAUUUUUUGCCCCUCCCCCUGCAUUCCCCUUUUCCUUCCCUUCCCCUUCUUGAAUCCCAAUCCUAAGUUUUUCCUUUUUAUCGUCAUACAUACACACUAGACUCUAAACAAAAAAAAGUCCCCCCCCCCCCCCCUCCCCUCUCUUGAGCUAUAACAGAUGCGUGAUUAUCGAGACUGAACAUUUACUACGUAACUGUAGGACGAUUUGUGUUAUUUCUUUUUGUGUUAUUGGUCUCGGAUAAUCAAGGUCUGAAUAUUAUGUCCUGAAAGCUUAGCAGUCAAGCGCGCGUUUCUGCAGCAUUUAUACAUUUGACAGACUAGAGAAAAUAUGAAACUUUAAGCAGGAGCAUCGCAUCCUGCGCUCCCAUUAUCAUUAUCGGUUAUCGUAACUGUGUCGGGAAUGAGAAUUCGAAGGAUAAUUUCGAUGAUAAACAAAUAAAACGAACAAAAGACGCAAAUUAUUUCAUUCAUUACUAUUUCAUGUUCGAAUGAAUGUUUCGUUUUUGUUUUUUUCACUUUCGUUCGUUCGUAGAUUGGUGUUUCUCGAAAUGAAAUUAAGAUAUCUUUAAUCCUCACCACGCCAAUGGCACAAUUGACUUAAGAAACGAGCCAAAAUCAUUGUUAAAAAAAAAAAAAAAUAUAAAAUUUUCAACUACGGCUUCGUUUCGUUUCGUAAAGCAUUCGAUUCUCGUACACGAGUCACAUGAAAAUUCAAACGAUUAAUUCGUCUUUGCGAAUCUUAAUGAUGGGGAUAUACGUGAAAAUAGUAAUAAAAUUUUUUUGGCUUGUAGUUGCUGAGGUACGAAGAGAGGAGGUUUAGAAAAAAACGAAAUAAAAAAAAAUUGUACAACAGAAAAUUUAAAAUCCAUUGUCGGAUAAAUGUUAAAUGUCUCGACCGUACAUGACAGCAUUUCUCACAGUUCCAUCCCACGGCGUUUCUUUCAAAAUUCAUAUUCUCAAAUUUUUCAUUUUUCAAACUUCAUCAUCAACUAUCGCGAUAAUUCAGAUAAUCAAAUGCACGCAAAGCCGAAUCACGAUCCUGGCACAGCUCCGAUCCUCUUCAAAAAUUUAACCGUCGUUUUAUCUGCGAUACCGUUUAUCUCGAGAAUUCUGUAUAGAGAGAAAAACAAAAGAAGAACAUUAAUUUGCCAAGUGAAACUAAAAUUGUCUCCAAAUUUUAUGUAAAUAAUUCGACAAUUAAGAGAAUGAGAGAGAGAGAGAGAAAGAGAGAGAGAGUGAGAAAGAAAAAGAGUGAGAAUGAUAAAGAUAAAGAAAGAGAGAAAAAGACGAUGAGCUGACGAUAAAUAACAAUAACAAAAUAUUGGUGAACAAAAUGAAAAAAACAAAAACAAAAAUACAAUGAAAACAAUUUAUCAGUGCAUGUAUCGGACCGAUAUGUUUUGUAAAUAAAGUUAUCAUGCGUAACAUUAAUGUCGAAUAACA